AAGAGGGCUACAGAAAAAUGGCAACAAAUUUCGUGGAUAAUUUGGUGAAAGAAUUUCUCAUUUUCCGCGGAUUUUCGGGGACUUUAAAGCAAUUCGAUGCCGAGCUGAAGAACGAUAAAGACCAAAGCUUUCGAGCUGACAAAAUUGUGGACCAGCUAAUGGUUUGCAUCAACACUCACGAUCUCGAUACAUUGGUGCAAUAUAUUAAUCAUUUAAAUUGCAACAUUUUCUCGAAACUGGAGCAAAGUUUCACGACAGCAGUUAAGAAGUUACAACAAGGAAUUUACAAGUUGUAUUUGGUGACGGCUUACAAUAACAACAAAAAUGACAAAAUUACGGAAUUUUUUCAGAAAAUGUCGAGCGAAUUGCAAGGAGUUUCUGAAUGGAAGGAUUGGUUUUUUUUCCCUUUUUGCAAAAAUCCCGAGGAACAUUCCACGUUUAGUUUGUAUUUCACGAAGCAAUAUCAAGACACCCUGCUAAUUUCCUUGCACAAUUUCCUUUCUACCAUCUUUCAAUGUAUGCCGCAACCGACAUUAACACGAGCGGAUGCCGAAGUUUGUCUCAUAAAACGUUUGCAAGACGAAAAUAGUUUGUUACGGAACCGAAUUCAGACACUUCAGGCACAACAAGCAACGAGCGGAGGCAUUCAAGGACACCAAUCCCGUCUCUCGAGCUUCAAUAAUCAAGAAUUCAACAAAAAAAUGGCCUCGGGCACACUAACUCUCAACGAUAUCAUUCCGCUUGACAUCUCACCGCCCCCGCAUAUCGUCGACGACUUCUUCAUAAUUGCCGCCGAGACCUUAGGCGUCGUCAAUAACGCAAGCGAAACCCAAGCAAAGGGCCUUAAAUCGUUAAUUCGUAACAUCAGUUCCGGCGGAAGUCCCGUAAUGGGGCGAAAAGACGGCUCAGCAGCUGUGGAUAAAAAUAAACGUCGCUCCGGAUCUGUCGGGGGCAAUAAAAAGGAAUAAAAAAUGAAUUAUUAACUGAAAUAUAAAAUUUAAAAAUUUAAU